AUGGUUUCAGUAGUUUACAGAAGUGCUCUCUUCUUUGUUGCAAUUUUUCUUGUUAACAUUCAAACAAGCCAAUGCUUACUGAAUGGCAGCCUCGGCCGAAGACCUUCGUCAUCAUCUGAAUCUAACAGGGAAGAACAGUUCAAAACAUUAAAAAAUAAUGGUAGAGGACAUCGUCAAUCAUCGCAGUCAGAGAGAACUUUGUCCAUUCAUGGACUUGACAGAUCAACAGAAAAAGCUCAAGAAGCAGAAAGACAGGAAGGAGGAAAUACUGUGGGAAGAGAUCGCAACAAUAGAAAUAGUCGUAACUUGGGCAGUGACACCAGAAGGCAGUCGGAGAGAGGAACAGCAUCGAUGCAAACUUCUGUCAAUGAAAGAAACAAUCACCAAGGUGAUAGAACGACCGAAAGAGACCAAGUAGAAGGGAAAACUGUAGGAAGACAGCAAACAGAUAACGUCGGAGACAGAGAUCGCACCGUUAGAAAUGGUCGUAACAGGAGUGGUGGAUCUAGUUACGCAAUAAGUCAGUCGGACAGAGAAAUAUCAUCGAUGCAAACUUCUGUCAAUCAGAGAAAUAAUCAACGAGGUGAUAGAACGAUUGAAAGAGAACAGGUAGAAGGAAAUACUGUAGGAAGACAGCAAGCAGAUAACGUCGGAGAAAGAGAUCGCAACGAUAGAAAUGGUCGUAACAAGGGUGAUGGAUCUAGUAACACAAGAAGUCAGUCCGAGGAAGAAACAAGAUCGAUGCAAACUUCUGUCAAUCAGAGAAAUAAUCAACGAGGUAAUAGAAUAACGAAAAGAGAACAGGUAGCAGGAAAUACUGUAGGAAGACAGCAAGCAGAUAACGUCGGAGAAAGAGAUCGCAACGAUAGGAAUGGUCGUAACAAGGGGGAUGGAUCUAGUAACACAAGAAGUCAGUCCGAAGAAGAAACAAGAUCGAUGCAAACUUCUGCCAGUGAGAGAAAUAAUCAACGAGGUAAUAGAAUAACGAAAAGAGAACAGGUAGCAGGAAAUACUGUAGGAAGACAGCAAGCAGAUAACGUCGGAGAAAGAGAUCGCAACGAUAGGAAUGGUCGUAACAAGGGGGAUGGAUCUAGUUACGCAAUAAGUCAGUCGGACAGAGAAAUAUCAUCGAUGCAAACUUCUGUCAAUCAGAGAAAUAAUCAACGAGGUGAUAGAACGAUUGAAAGAGAACAGGUAGAAGGAAAUACUCUAGGGAGACAGCAACCAGAUAACGUCGGAGAAAGAGAUCGCAAUGAUAGAAAUGGUCGUAACAGGGAAGGUGGAUCAAGUAACAUAAGAAGUCAGUCGGGAAGGGGAACGCCAUUGAUGCAAACGUCUGAGAGAAAUAAUCAACGAGUUGAUAGAACGAGCCAAAGGGACCAGGUCGAAGCAGGUCAGUCCAAAAGAACCUUGAAUCAACGUGUUGCAAAGGAAGAAAGAAGUAUCGGUCGACAAGCUAACAAGAGAACACAAAGACCGGGUUAA